AUGCAUGUGAAUGGUAUAGAAAUAACAUAUUAUACGAAACUAAGAACUUUUAAUUUAAGACCAAAAAUGAGUGAUGAAGAUGUCGAUCGGCUCUCAGAUAAAUAUAAAGUCGCGAAGGAAACGGUGAAAUCAAUUAUUACGCGCAAUGGUAACGAUGUUGAUAAGGCUGAAUUGGAGAUCACAAAGAAUAUCAAUGGAGGCAGUAACAGUGGGUCUUUAAAUAACUCAACUCAUUACGUCCAACAACCCCUUCCACAAAUUCCAACUCUCACUCACCCAAAAAUAGUCCCAGCUCCGCUAGUUAAACCUCAACAAUUACAAACUGUUAACCCAUUUCAACAACAUAUCCCCCAACAACCAACAGGCUUUACAGCAAAUAGUAAUUCAUAUCCAAAAACUUCAUCUACUGGCAAUGGCAUUACUUUACCAUCAAACGUACAACAUGUCACAACUAGUAAACAAGUUUAUGGCCAACAUGUUCCUGUGACUCAAUCAGUUCUGGGUGUUCAACCUAUCGUCCUUUCAACUCCCACUUCAACUAUUGGGGCCGGUCAAGACUCUAAAGUGGCUGCCGAAAUUGAAAAAUUAAAAAGUGAAAAUGCUGCAUUAAGAACAGCAAUCGACAAUCAAGAUAAACAAAUUGAACAAUUGACAAACACCGUGAAAAGACUGAAUGACAAUUUCAACCAACUACUGAAGCUCCAAUUAAAUUAA